UAUACUGACCCCUGGUGGCCGCCACUCGUCUUUAACGUUACAUGAGCAUAACAUGGCGUCCGCCGGCAGCCGAGAAUGGAGGGCGGUGUGCGAGAAAUUUCGCCGAGCCCAAGAUCUAUCCGAGGUAGAAUCGCGAAAGGAUCCAGAAAACGACCCGUUCCGCUCCAAGUACAAAGCCAGGGAGCUGCUCAAGGAGAUCUAUUGCACUCUAAAGAACUUCGACGUAGACGACGGUGAGGGCGAGGGCCCGGAGGCGGACGGUCAGGCAAGAGAGGCGCUAAAUGGCGAACCCGCUAAUAAGGCGCACACGGGCGACUCUCGAGCCGGACUCCGGGCCGCCAAACUCGGCGUGAUUGACUAUCACCUGGGCGUGAACCACAUCGAAACCGAGGAGCUCUCCGCCGGUGAGGAGUACCUCAUGAACUGUGUGAAAUUACUGGACGAGUGCACGGUGACACGGGAGAACGUCUCGCUGUUCAUCCAAGUCGGGAACCAGCUUGGCAUCUUAUGGGCCGGCCGGGAUGAAACCGAGAAAGCUCAAGGCUUCUUAGAAACAGCUGAGUCCAUUUAUGUGCAGUACAUGAAAGAGGAUGGCCAACCACCACUGGAUUUGGUCGAUUUCUUUGUGCUAGAGGAGGAUGCACCAUCCCAGCAAGAAAGAAUGAGGAGGUUUGAAAUGGCGUACACACACACACUCUAUUAUCUGGCUCAGGUGUAUAAAAAUCUGGGUCAGUAUGAGAGUGCAGGACAGUAUUGCCACAGCACAUUGCAAAGGCAGCUGAAGUUUAGCCAUUUUGUGCCAUUAGAGUGGGCAAUCAAUGCUGCCACACUGUCACAGUAUUAUAUCACCAAGACACGAUACAUGGAGGCUCGACACUGUUUGGCUGCUGCUAAUGUCAUUGCAGGUCUAGCAGGCGAAGUCCCCUCUGAGGCUGCUGCCAAGGAAAGUGAAGCCGAAUAUGAAAAACGUGAGCAACUGUGUCAGAAAAGAGCCGAAAUUGCACGGUGCUGGAUCAAAUAUUGUCUUAAUGUGUUACAAGAUGCCAAAAAGCUUCUGGAGGACAACAUUGGAGAGUUAGAUUUAGACCGACAGGAAGAGUUACAAAGAGCUCGACAGGACGAGGAGGAGGAAAAAGAGAGAGGAAGAAAAACGGCAGUUCUCUUCGAUUCCGCCGAAAUGUUCGAUUCAAUUUGCGGCCAGGAAGAGAAGGUGAGCUGCAUACUUCCGUUGAACUUCGAAGAAGCCCGUGCCAUCUUUUUGGUGGGUCAAGGCUACGUGACGCAGGCCAAAGAAUAUUUUGAGAUGGAUGGUCAUGUAACGGACCACAUUGAAAUCCUCCAGGAUCACAGUGCUCUUUUCAAGGUCUUAGCCUUUUUUGAGGAGGACCUGGAGCGGCGCUGCAAAAUGCACAAGAGGCGCGUGGACAUGCUUGAGCCCAUCUGUAAGGACUUGAACGCUCAGUACUAUUUACUGAUCUGCCGACAGUUGCAGUUCGAACUUGCUGAAACUUUCUAUGAAAUGAUGGACCUAAAACUCGCCGUCGCUGAAAAGCAGGACCAACCAGACGCACACACCAUAAAGAAAUUCAACCACUUGUGCUUGGCAUCAAUCAAGUACUACCAGAUGUUCCUCGACUCCAUCCGCUCGCCAGAGGGCAAGUUUCCUGAAAAACUCGAAGACGAUAUUCUGAGACCUGCACUCGUGGCUAAGUUUCGUAUCGCUCGACUUCAAUCCAAGAUCAUCUCAGGAAACCAGGCGUCUCAACUGGAGAAUCUCAACUUGUCAUUGGAGUCAUACAACUUUGUUGUGCAGUAUUGUGAGGAACACCCAGAAGCCAAGAAGGCUGUGGAAACAGAACUGGAGCUUAGUGAAGAAAUGGUGUCCCUCCUUCCUAUUAAGAUCAAUAGAAUACAGUGUAGAAUGGUUUCCUCCAACUAGGAUGAAGUAGUGCUCUGUAAAAAAGAUCUUGCAGGCUAUAGUGUGAGCUGACAUGGAUAUAAAAACUACUACAGUUCCAUCAUAACUCUAAAGCAUCAUUACAGUAGAUUAGAGUAUAUACACUUACCGGACUCAUUAUUAACGUCCCCCGUUUUCCCAAUAUGGUCUAGUUGUCCUUUAAUUCACCUUUGCUUGUAUAAAUAGAAGCAGGCUGUUCUUGUACCUUACUGGCUGAACUGCAUGAUACAGUUAUCACUAAUUUAUUCAAUAGAUCUAUUGUCAUGUCUGCCACGUCCGUUAAUGAUAUCGAUGUGAAAUACAAUGUAACACAUGCAUUUAUGCGUAAUCAAUAAAUGAAUUUGUUUUUCUUA